CACUUGAACCGGGUGGGUGGGGUGGACUGCAGGCGUGGCUGGCUGGCUAUUCUGGGAGGGGGUCCGUCCAUCUUCAGGUUGGAGUGGUGGAGCACCCGGCUCUCCCUCCUCCUCCUCCUCCUCCUCGAGGCCUCGGCCAGCCAAGCAGGCUGCCCCAUUGCGGGAAGCGGCCCUGAGAGCGACCGGGUGCCUAGGUGCCCAGAUUCUCCUCCUCUUCAUCUUCCUUUCUUCACCUCCUCUCCGUUUUCCUUCUUCGUCUCUUCUUCCACUUUCUCCUUCUUCUCUCCAUCUUCCUCCUUCACCUCCUUCUCCUCCUCUCCAUCUUCCUUUCAUUUCCUCCUCCUCCGACCAUCCCCCCGGCGCUGCCCCCAAACGGCCGGCACUUCCCCGGGUGAGCCACCGGCAGGGCGGGCGGGCAGGCUGGGCUUUGAUAGGGGCUCCCGCUCCUCAGCGAGCCUGAGCUUUGCAGCCGCCCUUCCUGCGGGAGUUGCUCGGUGGGAGAAAGGCGCCGUCUGACUUCCCGACGAGCGCCGGAGCCUCUGCCUGCGAGGCGGGCGGCUUCUCGGGGCGCCCAGAGUCAGACCCCAGCCGGCCUUCCUUUCUGGAGGGCAGCCAGGCGCUGGGAAGGGAGAGGAAAGCUGGAGCCGGUUGAUCAAAGUAGAGCAGCUCCCAGCUUCCUCCUCGGGAGGGGUCGGAGGAAGGCGAAGGAGGCGCUCAGUCUGCCCCACGGCAGCGGGGCACAGAAGCCGCGAGAAAGCCGGGAGGAGGAGGAGGAGGAGGAGGUCCCAGCCAGGGGAAGCACAGGGGCUUCGGAAGAACGGAAAGAGAAGACAAACCAGGGAGGGAGGGAGGGAGCCCCCUAACCUUGCAAGCCCAGUGGGGGCUCUGGGUCUUUCCUCUUUGCUUCGCACAGGUUCCUCUUUGCCCAUGGCUCCCUCCACGCUCCCCCAGGUCACCAGGCGCAGAGCCUGCCAGCUUUGGGGGCUGACACUGGGGAUACUGACCUCCCUCAUCCUAUUCCUGAGCUGGCACAGGGAGCAGCUGGCCCCCAGCCCUGCCCCCACCGACAGACAGACCAUCACCCUGACCGACAGCACCUUCACCUUCUACUUCAACCGGAGCGUCUACGAAGCCCUCUUCCCUCACCUGCAGCUCUACCGCUGCCAGGAGGUGAUAGCCCGGAACAACUUGUGCCAGAGACCCUCCCGGGCGCCCCUGCUGCUCCUGGCCAUCAAAUCCCACCCGGCUUCUGGUGGCAGGAGGGCCACCCUGCGACGCACCUGGGCCCAGACAGCGGAGAUGGGGGGCUUCUGGCUGCAGCCCCUUUUCCUCCUGGGGGCCGCAUCCAACCAGAAGCAGCUGGAGUUGGUGGCGCAGGAGAGCCGCAUGUUUGGCGACAUCCUGAUGUGGGAUUUCAUGGAGUCCCAUCACAACCUGUCCCUCAAGGAGCGCUGCUUCCUCCAGUGGGUGCACGGGCACUGCCAGCGGGCAGCCUUCGUCUUCAAAGGAGACGAUGACCUCUUUGUGAACCCCAAAGUGCUGACCGAUUACCUCCGCCGGACGCCCAACGCCUCCCACUUCAUCCAUGGCAACAUCCAGGUCCACUCGGUGGUCAUGAGGACGGGCAAGUAUGCUGUCUCGCGGGACCUCUACCCCCUGGACCACUACCCUAACUUUGCUUCCGGAGGGGGGUUCAUCAUGUCGCAUCUGGGGCUGGCUGCCCUCUACCGAGCCUCCCUGGAGCUGCCCGUCUUCCCGCUGGACGAUGUCUACCUGGCCUUCCUGGCGCUGGCGGCCAAGAUCCCCCACCGGCAUGAUGAGGCCUUCCGCGUCUGGGGCAUCCCCAAGGAUGAGCUCUCGGCCUACCAGGACUCCAUUUCCAUCCACGGGGUCAGCAUGGAGAGGAUCGAGGAAGUCUGGAAGCAGCUGGAGAGCCUCCGAAAGGACUUCUGGAUCUGGUCUUAAUGCCUGCAGACAGACCAGGCCUCCCACCCGACUGGGGGAUGGAACCGAUUCUCGGUAUGCUCUGGGCCUGAGAAGCACCUUGACCAGAAGGCUGGUCCAAUUCCGGCAUGGCUCUGGGUCACUGCCACAUGAACAGGACAGAAGUGGCCCCAAGACUGCCUCCUCCCACCCACCCCCAGGGAUUAGAAAACACAACAGACAUAAAAACUAGCAAUACUGUCAGACUUGCCCCAACUUAGACUUUUAGGAAAGAAAGACCCUUGACUCCGUUUGAUUGAAGUGUUAAGAGUUUUUUUACUAAAGUCGUUUGCAGCAAAAAUAAAGCUAAA